CAACUUAAGAACGCGGAAGUUAAAGCUUCUCUUUAUAUAAGCAGUCGUUUUAAAAAGUAUCUGUACAUUUGCAUAAAAACGACAAUGUUGAUCAGGAUUGUAUUGUUCUUGGGAAAUAUGCCACCUUCUGUACAUUCUAUGGAGCCUACGUGUAACCCGUACUAUGACAUUCUUAAAACAGUCCUGAAGCUCGAGCAAAAGAUUGAAACGAUGGAAAAUGUUUUGCAGGAACAGCGCAAUGUUAUCAGCAAAAUGUCAAAAGAAGGUAAUGGAGCGGUGUUUGUCAGAUGGGGUCGAAAUAUUUGUCCGGACAGCUCGAGUCUUGUUUACAAUGGUUACACAGCUGGGAAACACGUUCACAAGAAAGGAAGCGGAAGUGACACUAUAUGUCUACCAAGUCAUCCCUCGUGGGCAAACUAUACCGGAAAGAGUAAACUAUCAUCGCUUAUCUACGGUACAGAGAUUGAUAUAAAUGAACCUAGUGGCAUAUUUGCAUAUCCUGUCAACCAACAAGACAUGCCUUGUGCAGUCUGCGUAUCAAAAAAUCCGACUGUUCUAAUGGUUCCAGCAAAAACAGCUUGUUAUUCGGGGUGGCUUAUGGAAUACACUGGAUAUUUGAUGGCAGGAAUGGACAACAGCUUUGGAUCACAUAAUCAUAUCUGCAUGGACAGUCUGCCAGAAUUUUUACCAAACGGUGCAGCCAAUAACGAUCAACACAUUCUUUACCUUGUGAAGGCACAAUGUGGCUCAUUACCAUGUCCUCCAUAUGUUCAGGAUCGCGAGUUGGCGUGUGUUGUCUGCUCAAAAUAAAACAGUAUUCAUUUUUUGGGAAGUGAGGGUGUUUAGUAAUAACAAGAACUGUCGGAGGACAGUAAGGCUUGACUAUUCGAAAAAGUUGUCACGCGGGUGUUUUAUUGAGUAUAAAAAUGCUUACCUAUGAAUACAUAAAAUUGACCAAAAAGGUACAAAGGCUUGUUAUUAACAUGUUUUAUUAAGUAAAUCACUGCUUUAUUAUUAUUAUGAAUGCAUAAAAUUGUCCCAAAAAAGGCACAAACCUUUCAGUAGUUAUGGAG